GAACGCCGAGAAAUAUCGUCACUUGUUCCAUACAAAUCAUUCUGCUACCAUGUCGCGUGCUAUAGUUCUUUUUUUGGUCGUCGUGGCUGUCGCCUACACUAUGGCGCUUCCUCAGGAACACGCAGCCUCCCAGGAGUGCGGACCUAACGAAGAAUUCAAUGCUUGCGGAUCGCCGUGCGUGUCCACUUGCGAGAAACGUGCAUCGCCGAUUUGCACACUGAGAUGUGAAAUCGGCUGUCAAUGUAAACCAGGAUUCGUGAGAAACAGGGAGAACAAGUGUGUCCUCACUCGUGACUGUUAAGCACUGAAAAAUCAUCAUCGAGAACGGAAUAUUCAUUAAUAAACUCAUAAUCGUUACGCGCCGUAGAACCCCGAUGUUCUAUCCAGCGUAACUCAAUAAUCUUUAUCAUUCAAUAACAACUGUUGUAUACUUUUGUCAAAGUUGUGUACCGAUGCAUUCGUUGUUGAAAGUUUGUACACAAUUGCGUUAUGUUUCUCUAAGGAAUUAAACAGAUUUUAUU